AUUACUUUAUACAUUCUUUGUUAUCUUUUAUUGCUGUAGGUAGUUCACAGAUACGAUAGCUUACCUUUUCCAAAGGAAAGAUCGCCGUGUUGUUCUCCAGGGAAUGGAACAAUGGAAAUGCACAAAUUCUGGCCUUCGGCUAGCAGAGGCACGUCAACCUUGUGCAAAUAGUUUGAAGGAAACUUUCCUGUAUUAUUGUUCGAUUGACCGUAACACCAGUGCCUAUCCACAACGGAGAGUACCUACUCAUAGAAAACCAAAGCGGGGAAUUACUAUGUUAUCUCGAUUCCUGGCAACGAAUAAUCGUUAUCUGUGUUUUGAAUCCAUCGUUUUACCAAUAGAUAAUCUCCCUUCAACAGGCUCAGUUCUCCAUCAACAGUUGUCAAAAAAUCCUGCAGGACCCUCGUCAACAUUCCUUGCUCCAUUUUUUCACGUUUCGUUUAAACAAUUUCCAGUUAUUAAUUACUCGAAUAUCAUUAACUUUCACACUUUCACUGGAUGCUAUGAACUCUGAGAGUCACAUUAAAUCUGGCUGUCAAUCACAUGGAUCUUAUUUGGAGUGUACGACUAGGUUAUUUUUCACAGGAUUAUCUGCAUUCUCGAUUGUAUUUGCAGGAACAUUUUUUGUUCAAAGUUCUCUGCACGGUAGCCAAAACUACCCUAAGCAAAGAACGAUAUUAAUCUCAGCAGCAGCCGCAGCUCUGGUUUCAUACUAUGUUACAUCCAGACAAAUGAGUACCUGCAAAAACUCUUGAAAAUAGAUUUAGAACGAUAAACUAUAAUAAAGACGAUGUUUGCUAUUAGGAAGCUUUCGCAAAUUACUAAGAACUGCGUUAUUAGGCUCUCCUCACCCAGGAAGGAAAGCUGUUUGGCUUUGCAAUUCUUAACCAGUCGUAGUAAACAUAAUGGAAUUCUGAAAGAUGAUGAUCUUCGAGAUGAAGAGUAUGAGAACCUGUCGUCAGAGUAUCUGGGAUUAUCCUCUGGCGGUCACAAUGCAUUGGUACUUCAACCAUACAUUAAAUGGGGACCCGAUAAGAAAACCAAUACCACUCCGGAACUACAGCUAGAGGAAGCUGUGACGCUACUCAAGACGCUGCCGAAUUGGUCUGUAGUUGACAAAAUGUGUGUAUCAUUAAUGACCCUGGAAAAAUCAAAACUGCUUGGGAUCGGAAAUCUAGAGAGUUUAAAAAAGCGAGUCAGAAGCAACAAAGUGACCGCCGUAUUUGUCAGUACAGAUUUAUUAAAGCCAAUUCAGAUGCAAGAGCUAGAGCAUGCGCUCAGAGUCCCAGUUUAUGAUCGUUAUUCGAUCGUAGUUCAGAUAUUCAGAGCACACGCUAAGAGCCAGGAGGCUAAGUUGCAAGUUGCAAUAGCAGAGAUCCCUUACAUGUGGACAAAAUUAAAUCUUAUCAAGGACAAUCGAACCGCCCAAGUUGGACUGGUGGAGUGCAGAAGAAAGCUUUUGAUGGGAAGAGAAGCAAAACUGAAAAAUGCUCUGAAGAAAUUGAAGGCACAGAGAGAACUACUCAGAAGUAAACGUAAAACUCAUAAGAUCCCUACGGUGGCUGUUGUUGGAUAUACAAAUGCAGGAAAAACUUCAUUGAUCAAAGCUCUCACUGGGGACAAAACAUUAGAGCCUAAAAACUGUCUCUUUGCUACCCUCGACGUUACCCUCCAUCGUGGCGAACUUCCUUCCAGACUAAAAGUCCUCUUUGUCGACACGAUCGGUUUCAUUCAAGAUGUGCCAUCUACUCUCAUUGAGCCUUUCAUUGCUACCUUGGAAGACGCUAUCAACGCGGAUGUAAUUCUACAUGUCAACGAUGCCACCCACCCGGAUAGAAGAGCUCAGAUGGAACAUGUCGAUGAGACUAUAAAGAGUCUAAUCAAAGAUCAGCCAGUCAUCAAUGUAGCUAACAAAAUCGAUCUCCUCAAAGAAGAUAAUCCGCCUGUUGGCAUGCUAGGUGUAUCGGCAACUCAGUUAACAGGUAUAGAUAUUCUGCGAGAGCAGAUCGACAAAGAGUUGCUCAAGGCAACUGGUCGUUCCGUGAUUCGAAUGAGAGUACAAGCUGGAAGUCAAGCAGCAGCCUGGCUCUACAAAGAAACAGCAGUGACAAACGUCGAAGCUGAUCCAAAGAAUGCUCAGUACGUUCUCAUGGACGUGAUAGCAACCGAGCUACAGCUAAAAAUGUUUAAAAAAUUUUUAAAACAAUAAAUAUU